CAAUCUUUCCUAUAAGGUCAAUUUUAACUACUUUAUAUUUUUUCUUUAAAUAUGGGUCCAAAUUACGUCCAAAUAUUCAUGCUAGUUGUGCUUUGUGCUUCCACGUUGAGAGUUAGUACAGCCAAUCGACAUGGCUACCACCGCCGGCGCACAGAUACUCCUGAGACGGUAGUCGUCGGAGGCUCCUCCGCUAAUUGGACUUUCGGCUUUGACUACACCUAUUGGGCUUUCAAGCACGGUCCUUUCUACGUAAAUGAUACUCUUGUGUUCAAGUAUGAUUUACCAAAAGAUAACACCACACAUCCUCAUAGCGUAUAUUUGCUACCGAAUCAAGAGAGUUUCGACACUUGCAACCUCACUAACGCCGUAAAGGUUGCGGACGGGGCGCAAGGAGGCGGUAAGGGGUUCGAGUUUGUGCUAAAAGAAUUUAAGCCUCACUUGUUUGCUUGCGGGGGAGGUGAAGGCAUUCAUUGCAAUCUUGGCAAGAUGAAGUUCAAUGUGCUGCCACUUCCAAGUCGUAUUUGGUACUGAUUCAAAUGUUAUUUUAUGCAUGUUCCAGGGAAGAGGCAGUGCUGCCCUAAUUUAUUAUGAUCUCACACACAAAAAUUCAAUUCAAUUUUUUGCUAAU